GCAUGUGUGGAUGUUUUCCCCCUCCUUCUCCUCCAUAUCCGGGUACAGAUUGGGAGCGUUUCCUGUCGGCUGAACUUGCAGGAGCAUCGGUGGGGGAGACCGGGAAGCGGGCGAAGAAAAGGCGGCUCUAGGAUGGGAGUGGGGUCGCGGAAGAAGGAAUCGUUCGCCCUACUCGCCCACUGCCUCUUUUAAAAAGAAAGAGCUUCGCAAUUAUCCCAAACUGCUCCGACUACCUCUUUCAGCCUCUGCCGCUUCCCCACCCUUCUCAGCACACUGCAAUCGGAUGCCUGGCUCUGGGUCCAAAUGAAAGAAUUUGGAUCUUGCUAUGAUGAUUUCUGCCAGAUGGUUUACUCUCAGCUAGUAUCAUUAUCUUGAGAGUUAUAACUGCUUGUGGAAGCUGUCGAAAAGUUGAGACUAUACCUGGUCAUUGGAUUGGGAUUGGCUUGCCUGAAAGGACAAUUGUGCUGGAUCUGGAGGCACUAUGGAGUUUGCUGAGCUUAUUAAGACACCACGAGCUGACAAUGUAGUCCUUCACCGCCCUUUCUAUCCAGCAGUGGAGGGGACCCUGUGCUUAACAGGACACCACCUCAUCUUCUCUUCGCGACGGCAGGACAAUGUCGAGGAACUUUGGCUUUUGCAUUCCAACAUUGACUCAAUUGAAAAACGUUUUAUCGGCUUCUUGGGCACCAUCAUUAUCAAAUGCAAAGACCUGCGAAUUAUCCAGCUUGACAUUCCUGGCAUGGAAGAAUCUUUGAACAUUGCUAGCUCCAUUGAGGCACUGUCUACCUUGGAUUCUAUCACACUCAUGUAUCCUUUCUUUUAUCGCCCCAUGUUUGAAGUAAUUGAAGAUGGCUGGCAUUCAUUCUUGCCUGAAAGUGAAUUUGAACUUCUCAGUUCAGUUACAAAUGAAUGGCGGUUGAGUUACAUCAACAAAGAUUUCUCAGUCUGCCCUUCUUACCCACCUGUCGUCACUGUUCCUAAAACAAUUGAUGAUGAAUCUUUAUGCAAGGUUGCCACUUUUCGCCAUGGUGGACGCUUCCCAGUACUCAGCUAUUAUCACAAGAAAAAUGGGAUGGUAAUAAUGCGCAGUAGCCAACCACUUACAGGUACUAAUGGGAGGCGUUGUAAAGAGGAUGAGAAGCUGAUCAAUGCCACCCUGAGGGCAGGCAAGCGUGGAUACAUCAUUGAUACACGAUCUCUGAAUGUUGCUCAGCAAGCCCGGGCCAAAGGUGGAGGCUUUGAACAAGAGGUUCAUUAUCCUCAAUGGAGAAGGAUUCAUAAAUCCAUUGAGCGAUACAAUAUUCUGCAAGAGAGUCUCAUCAAACUUGUGGAGGCCUGCAACGACCAGUCUCAUAAUAUGGAUCGCUGGCUAAGUAAGUUAGAGGCUUCAAACUGGCUGACUCACAUCAAGGAAAUCCUGACCACAGCUUGCUUGGCUGCCCAGUGCAUUGAUAGGGAAGGAGCAUCUGUCUUGAUUCAUGGAACAGAAGGCAUUGAUUCAACACUUCAGGUGACUUCCCUGGCUCAAAUCAUUUUGGAUCCCAGAUGCAGGACCAUCCGUGGCUUUGAAGCUCUGAUUGAGAGAGAAUGGCGUCAGGCUGGCCACCCAUUUCAACAGCGCUGUGCCCAAUCAGCUUAUUCAAAUAGCAAGCAGAAAUGGGAAGCUCCUGUAUUCCUCCUUUUCUUGGACUGUGUCUGGCAGAUCCUUCGCCAGUUCCCUUGCUCCUUUGAGUUCAACUAUCAUUUCCUCAUCAUGCUUUUUGAACAUUCUUAUGCCUCUCAGUUUGGAACAUUCCUGGGUAACAAUGAAAAUGAAAGGUCUAAGCUUAAAUUGCCUCAGAAGACAAUGUCCUUGUGGUCCUGGGUGAAUCGACCAGAAGAGCAUAAUCGAUUUAAGAACCCUCUCUUUGAAGCCAACAGUCUAGUCAUCUGGCCAUCCGUUGCACCACAAAGCCUGCAGCUGUGGGAAGGAGUUUUUCUUCGCUGGAACAGAUCCUCCAAAUUCGUAGAUGAAUCUUAUGAAGAAAUGAUCAACAUCAUAAAAUAUAACAAGGAACUCCAAGUGAAAGUCAACAUGCUAAGACGGCAGUUAGCAGAGCUGGAGAUAGAUGACAACACACAGGAUGAUGGGAUGCCCAAGAGCCCCUGAAAUCUGGCAGAAUACAGGGCCAGAUUGUGUUCCUUCCUGGUUAAGCGAAUCACUUCUACACACUAAGCACUAAACAAAUAAGACUUGCAUGCGCUCAAGCUCAUUUUUGGUGCAAUCAGGUUGAACUUUUUUUUUUUUUGCUUCAGAGAUCCUCACUUAGCACUAUAGUCAUCCACCUCCAUUUAGGAACAUGGUGCUUGUUUUUGUUUACAUGAUGAAACUUGUAAUUUAGUUGGUUGUUGUCCCUCCUUGUCCCCUCUGGAGAGGUGUUUCAUCUUUAAUAAAUUGUGUGUUCGGUUACA